AAUUAAAAAAAUUUUUGAUCGUUUUACCACUUUGUAAUAAAAAUAAUGGUUUCUACAACAAUAAUUUCAACUACAGCUGUAGUAAUUAAUAUCCAGAAAAAUAUUUUUUUCUUUCCAAAUCGAUAUCUCUUUGAGAAGAUGUGAGAUUGAACAUUGGCGUUAAAAUUAAAAGCAGGUGGAUAGAUCUGUACUUCAGUUGCCACUGUUGCUUCCGAAGGGCUGAUGACUGCAGAGGUGGCCAUGGAAGAUGAAGAAAGUGGUGGAGAAGGGAGUGGCGAGGGACCUGCGGCUAAAAUAAUAGAACGACGAAGAAGACCUGGCCGGGAACAAUGGUCAAACAAAACGGAUUUCCUCAUGUCGGUAAUUGGGUUUGCUGUAGAUUUAGCCAACGUUUGGAGAUUCCCAUACUUAUGUUACAAAAAUGGAGGAGGUGCCUUUUUAAUACCAUAUUGUACAAUGUUACUGGUCGGAGGAAUACCUUUAUUCUACAUGGAGUUAGCUUUAGGACAGUUUUAUCAAACAGGAGCUAUAACUUGUUGGGGUAGGCUAGUGCCUUUAUUUAAAGGCAUUGGUUACUCGGUUGUUUUGAUAGCAUUUUAUGUUGAUUUUUAUUAUAACGUAAUUAUAGCAUGGGCAUUAAGAUUUUUUUUGGCAUCAUUUACUGAUACUUUACCAUGGACAACCUGCGAUAAUUAUUGGAAUACAGUAUUUUGUCAACCACUGACAGUAUGGUCAAAUGAGACUAACUCUAUAAAUAACGUUACGUUGCUAGCAAACGACUCACGUUUAGCAUCUGCAUCUUCGGAAUACUGGUUACGCAAAGUGUUAGAAUUAAAUCAUAGUGAAGGUAUUCACGAUUUAGGGUAUAUCAAAUGGGAUAUGGCAGGUUGCCUAUUUCUUGUAUAUUUGAUUUGUUACUUUAGCUUAUGGAAAGGCAUCUCAACAUCUGGAAAAGUAGUUUGGUUCACAGCACUGUUUCCUUAUGUAGUGUUAAUAUUUUUACUUAUACGAGGAGUUACACUACCUGGAUCCGCUCAAGGAGUUCGAUACUAUCUUUACCCAAACUUUUCGAUGAUUGCCAAACCUGAGGUAUGGGUUGAUGCGGCAACCCAAGUAUUUUUUUCACUUGGUCCAGGUUUUGGUGUACUACUAGCUUACGCAUCAUAUAAUAAAUACCAUAACAAUGUAUUGAGAGAUGCCUACUUGGCGAUUAUGUGUAACUCUGUAACCAGUUUCUUGUCAGGAUUUGUAAUUUUCACCGUUUUGGGCUAUAUGUCACAUGUAUCUGGCCGACAAAUUCAACACGUGGCCACAGAAGGACCCGGUCUAGUAUUCAUAGUAUAUCCUGCAGCCAUUGCCGCUAUGCCUGGGUCGGUUUUUUGGGCUUUAAUAUUUUUUAUGAUGUUACUUAACCUAGGACUGGACAGCUCUUUUGGCGGAUCUGAAGCAAUUAUAACUGCCUUAAGCGACGAGUUUCCAUUAAUUAGACGUAAUAGGGAACAGUUUGUCGCCUGGCUAUUUCUUCUGUAUUUCGUAGUCGGCUUGGCUUCGUGUGCUCAAGGAGGUUUUUACUUUUUCAACCUGCUCGAUCGUUAUGCUGCUGGUUACUCAAUGCUGGUAGCUGUACUAUUUGAAACCAUCGCCGUUUCUUGGAUUUACGGAGUUGAUAGAUUUUGCGAUGAUAUUAAGGAUAUGAUGGGCCACAGUCCAGGAGUUUAUUGGAGAUUUUGUUGGCGUUUUGCAGCGCCUUUAUUUCUUGUGUUUAUUAUUGUAUACGGACUUCUGGGGUACGAACCACUUACUUAUGAAGGUUAUGUUUAUCCAGCUUGGGCUAAUAUUUUAGGGUGGCUCAUAGCAGGCAGUAGUAUUGCAAUGAUUCCAACAGUAGCUCUUUGUCAAUUUUGGAAUACACCUGGAACAAUAUUACAAAGAUUGAAUAUUUUAACAACACCUUGGCUUGAUGAACACGAAGACGACCCUAUCCCAAUUAAUGGUUUACAUAUACAAACAGAUGCAGCACAAAUCAGGCUUACCAGUUCCAUGGCAUCCGUAGAUGUAUAAAUGAGAAAGCAUUUUUUAAUUAUUUUUAGGGUUUCACAUGGUGGCCAAAAUAUGGUUACAACAGCAGACUCGAGUCCUUCAUUAAUAUGAUCAAGUUAAUUUAACGUUUUUAAUUUUUUUUUUAACUAGGUUAGUUUUAUAGAUGAUCAUAAUAAUACAUGAAAUUAUAGAUAGUCUAAACUUAAUAAUAGAA